AUGUUAUUACUUAAGAAUACGUUACUUGCUUGGUUGGCCUUUUUGGCCAUUAAUAUAUUCAGUACUGUAAAAGCUGACGAACCAUCAUCUGAAGUUAUCUCAUUGACAAAAGAAAAUUUUCACA